GAGCCUCUUCGCUUCCGGUGUUCCCAGGGCGUUUCUGGGUCUCCGUCCCGGCCUCGGGGCUCGCCGCCCCCGUUCCGUGCGGCCGCGCUCGCCGCGGGCCCCCGGCAGCGCUCGGGCAGCCGUCCCGGGAGCGGAGGUGCAGAAUGGCCCCGCGGCGAGCGCUGAGUCCCGGGGGGCGUGAGCGAAGUUUAGUCAUGCAUUGAAAUGAAGUUGAAAUGCACUCUUGGGACUUUUCCAGGACCUGCCCGGAGGAGGAAUACCAUUUGUGCUAAAUUUUAAUUUAAUUUGAAAAAUGAGUAAGUUCAGAAAGCCACCCCUGGCUUCAGGCCCUGAGACUUUCAGCCCAGAUGUUCUUGCUGACAUUUUUGAACUCUUUGCCAAGAACUUUACUUAUGGCAAGCCACUUAAUAAUGAGUGGCAGUUACCAGAUCUCGGUGAGAUUUUUACCUGUGACCACACGGAAUUUAAUGUGUUCCUUGAUUUGAAGAACUCCCUAAAUGAAGUGAAAAAUCUCCUAAGUGAUAAGAAACUGGACGAGUGGCAUGAGCACACCUCUUACACUAAUAAAGCUGGGAAAAUAAUUUCUCAUCUGAGAAAAUAUGUGAACGCUGAACUUUGUACUCAAGCAUGGUGUAAGUUUCAUGAGAUUUUGUGCAGCUUUCCACUUGUUCCACAGGAAGCUUUUCAGAAUGGAAAAUUGAAUUCUCUACACCUUUGUGAAGCUCCUGGAGCUUUCAUAGCUAGUCUCAAUCACUAUUUAAAGACUCAUCAAUUCCCCUGUGAGUGGAGUUGGGUGGCUAAUACUCUGAAUCCAUACCAUGAAGCAAAUGACAAUCUGAUGAUGAUUAUGGAUGAUCGACUUAUUGCAAAUACUUUGCAUGGUUGGUAUUUUGGGCCAGAUAACACUGGUGAUAUCAUGACCUUGAAAUAUCUCACUGGACUUCAGAAUUUUAUAAGUGACAUGGCUCCCAUUCACUUGGUCACUGCAGAUGGGAGUUUCGAUUGCCAGGGGAACCCGGGUGAACAAGAGGCAUUAGUCUCCUCUUUGCAGUACUGCGAAGUUGUCACUGCUCUGACGACCCUUGGCAACGGUGGCUCUUUUGUGCUGAAGAUGUUUACUUUGUUUGAACACUGUUCCAUAAACCUGAUGUACCUGCUAAACUGUUCCUUUGAUCAAGUCCAUGUUUUCAAGCCUGCUACUAGCAAGGCAGGAAACUCAGAAGUCUAUGUGGUCUGUCUUCACUAUAAAGGCAGAGAAGACAUCCAACCUCUGUUAUCAAAGAUGGUGCAGUAUUUUGGGACUGAAAUGACCACCAAAGCUCUGUUUCCCCACAAUAUGAUUCCUGAAUCUUUUCUUAAAAGACAUGAAGAAUGUUGUGAGUUCUUUCAUAAAUAUCAGCUAGAUACUAUUUCUGCGAACAUUCGCCUGUUUGAGUACAUGGGAAAAGAGGAACAGGCAAAGUUAGAUAAUUUAAGGGACUGUGCUGUCCAGUACUUCAUGCAAAAGUUUCAAUUGAAACCCCUUUCCAAAAAUAACUGGCUAGUGAAAAAAUCUAGUGCUGGUUGUCAUAAAAAGUGGUUUGGGCAGAGGAACAGAUAUUUUAAAACCUACAAUGAAAGGAAGAUGCUGGAAACUCUUUCAUGGAAGGAUAAGGUGGCCAAAGGAUACUUUAAUAGUUGGGCUGAAGAACAUGUUGUAUACAAUCCUGGACAGAAUUCUCUUCUUGAAGGAGCAGAUGCCAAUCUGGAGUGUCACUUGUGGCAUAUUUUACAGGGUAAGAAGCUUCCAAAGAUAAAGUGUUCUCCUUUCUGUGAUGGUGAAAUUUUGAAGGCUCUGAAUGAAGCAAUUGAAAAGUCCUUAGGAGGUGCUUUGAAUUUAGAUUCCAAGGUUAGACCAGAACAGCAGUAUUGUUGUUCCUGUCAUGUCUUUUCUGAAGAACUGCUGUUUUCAGAGUUAGUUAGCCUUGCCAGGUGCCUUCAGGGUGAGCAGGUUGUUGAACCUACCAGCCAAAUGAAGUGCCUCCUUGUCGGGUUGCCAGCCUUCAGUGAUACCAAGGUGCAUAUGCCUUUGGAAGUCCUGCACCUGGAAUCAGCUAGACUCAUGACUUUUAGCUCUUCCUUGCUUCAUGAUGGAGACCCAGCUUACCAGCAGUUAUUUUUGGACUGCCUCCUACAUUCACUGCAGAUGCUUCAGAGAGGAGAUGCUAUGAUUUUACCUAUACUGUCCUGUUUUACAAGAUUUAUGGCUGGUUUGAUCUUUUUGCUCCAUAACUGUUUUAGGUUCAUCACUUUUUCGUGUCCCAUAUCCUCCGAGCCCCUGAAGACCUGUGCGGUCCUGCUCUGUGUUGGUUAUCAGGACCUUCCAAAUCCUGUUUUUGAGUAUCUGCAAAAUUUGAAUGAAUUGUUGAGUGCUUUGCUUAGCUCUAAUGCUCCCCAGCAAGUUUUACAGUUUGUGCCAAUAGAGAUGCUCCUUAAGGGGACACUACUUGACUUUUUGUGGGAUCUGAAUGCUGCCAUUGGUAAAAGACAUUUGCAUUUGAUUGUUCAAAGAGAGCAAGAAGAAAUAGUCAGCAACCUCUAGCUAUAAAACUGAACUGGUCUUUUCUGGGAUUUGACUUUGUGGUCUAACAAUUUCCAAUAUUAUUGCAUUCCUUGCUGUAUGUAAGUCUCUACAUUUUGGAGAAAGGCAAACUUUUACAAUAUUUAUAGUCUGUUUCACAGAAAACCACCUAGUUCUGAUCUCUCACCUGCAUAUGGUGGAGUUUAUACAAUGAUAAUCAACCUCAAACAUGAUGUAUGUUGAUAGGUCUGGGGUGGGCACACCUGUGCCUGCAGAGGCGGCUUUGCUGGUCUCAUGUACCUGCUUAUAUUUGCACCUGUGUGCCUUCAUUCAGAUUAGAUUACCCCACCACCACCACCGGAUUAUUUCCGCUGAAUGUUAAUGCUGUUAAGGAAUUGAUAAGAGAUUGGUUAGAGAUUGAUUAGAGGUCUUUGGUAGAAAAGGGAGCAGGACUAGGACGACAGCUCAAAUGGUAGAAUAUAUGCCUAGUGUGUAUAAUGCCCUGAGUCCUCAUGGUGCAUGUCACAGUGUCACCCCUGAGCAUCCCCUGAUGGGCCCUGAUAGACAUCCAUUGUCCAGCCACCAAACUGCCAGGCCCAUACAGCUAGCUUGAAUGGCCCCUGUAUUUUUAUUUUUAAGAAGGAAGAGGGUUUUUUGCUCCUCAGCACCAUUAAUUUUCCUCAGCACCACGCUAUUAGAGAUUCAGGGUGCUCAUCUGGCCAGAUUUCUUGACAUGUUCUUCAAGGCCAUUUACUGUGUUCAAGCCAUUGACCCAGUUUACUUAUUUGUAUGGCUAAAUGCAGCUGUGUGCUGUUUCAUAAAUACUUCACUAGCCGCAGUCAUCCAACUUGAAAGGAUUCCAGGACAACGUCAAACCAAAGAUCAUGUUUGAAACAAUGAUAAAUUCUAUAUAAUAUACUCCUCAAUCAUGAAAAACUAGUGGUGGUGUCAUUGUUUUUAUCUUCUAGGAAACAAUCAGUGAACUAUAAGAUUUUUUUUAAACUAUAAAACUUCAGGACAAUAUUGAGGACAUAUGAAUAUGAUGAAUAAUAGUGAAUGCUGAAAAUAAGUUAUAAUGCUUUUAGAAAAUUGACUUAGUAUUAAAAAGUUCUUCAUCUUGGACUGGGGAUGUGGCUCUUUGGUAGAACACAUGUCUUGUAUGUGUGGGGCCCUGGUUUAAUCCCUGGCACUGCAAAAGCAAAAAUCAAACCUUCAUCUUUACUGAUUUUUUUUUUAGCCAUAAAAGAAGCUCUUUACUAAAAGAUUAGCCAAGAGAUGAUUGUUUUGCCGGCCAAAACUUCUUUUAAACUAUAUGCAAAUGACAGUUUAGAUUAACUUUCCUGGCUUGUCUAUGACACAUGCUCAUUACAUUGAAUCUCCACAAAGAAUACACACAUAUACAGUUUAGACAUUUUUGUUAGUUGUGUGAAAAAUAGAUGUAUAUCUGAUGUAUUUGGUUGCUAAAUAUUAAUUUGAAAAUUUUUCAUGUUCUUUGCUAUUUUGAGUUCCAUUAUAAUUCAUGAAUAAAGUCAUUAGUCGAGA